GCAGUAUAUAUAGAGUAGGAGAAAAAAAGGUGGUAAGCAAUGAGUUUGCGAAGCAAAGAGGCCAGGCCACCGUCCGAACCUUUCAUGCUUGCCAGAACCAGCGGCGCAGUUUCCACUUCUCAGUUCUCAUCGCGAUAACUCCUUCCUUAUGCGGUCGGUCGAGCUCGCCGUAUUCGACCUCCACUUUUCUUUCUGUCUAUUGAAGGGUUUCUCCCUUCUCCGUUAGAUCUCCCUGCAGCACUACUGCGAGAUCAGAUCCAAGAUCUCCAGAUUCGCACAGUUGUCAAUUACAGUUACAACUGAGUGGUAGAGACUGAAAGGAGGAGACGGUGGGAAGAAGUGAAGCAGACUAAGUUAGAGAAAGAAAACCAGGAGAUCGCGGCUAGUUCCCAAUGGAGGAUCUAGCCGAACUUCUCAACGGCAGACUCGACGGCUCGAGCACUAGCAGGAGACCCUACAGCGUUUUCAGGGUUGAUGACGAUCAAAGAAGAGGGAGCGAAAAGUACUACAGCCCCAAGCUGGUAUCGAUCGGCCCUUAUCACCACGGAGAGGCUGGAUUGAUAGAUAUGGAGGGUGAAAAGUUUUCUUAUCUCAGUCAGCUGUUGGACAGGGGGAAAACACAAGUUUUUCACCAAAGCAAUUUAAAUCCCCAACGGUCGACAACGGAGCAGAGUCGUCUUCAAAGGGGAAGGAGAUGACCCAAAGCGACGUCGUUCCAUCAUCAACAGAGUUAAAGAAACGUUCUUGGAGCGAUGUCGUUU